GUAAACCUCGGGGGAAGAAUCUCACUUUCUUUUUCAAAUAUCUUUAUUCUACAAUAAAAUAGAAAUAGAAAUUAGAGCGAAAAAAAGGAGGUGUCUUUUUGAGCACACUGCUUUCUCUCUCGAGUGCGAGUCCGAUCUAGGGUUUUGAAUGGCGAACCCAAGAUUUAGGGCGUCUCCGGCGACUCCCGCUGCCGGUCGGUCGCCGGGUUCUAGGGUUUUGGAGACGUCGGCUCCGGCGAACGGAGGGAGUUUCUCGAAGGAGGAAGCAAUCUGGAGGAGGUUGAGGGAGGCUGGAUUCGAUGAGGAGACGGUCAAUAGAAGGGACAAGAUCGCUCUCGUCAAGUACAUCACCAAGCUUGAAUCUGAGUUGUAUGACUACCAGCACAGCAUGGGGCUUCUAAUUUUAGAAAAAAAGGAAUUGAUGUCAAAAUAUGAGCAAGUUAAAGUAUCUGCAGACUUAGCUGAAGAUGUAUAUAAGCGCAAUCAAGCUGGACAUGCUUCGGCCUUGGCUGAAGCGCGAAAAGAAGAAGAGAGUCUCGAGAGGGCAUUGGGUAUUGAGAGAGGGUGUCACAAAAAUAUUGAGAAGGCCUUACAUGAAAUGCGUGCUGAAUCUGCGGAAACAAAGCUUGCAUAUGAAACCAAGCUGGUUGAAGCUCGUGAAAUGAUGGAAACUGCUCAGAAGAAGCUUGAAGAGGCUGAGAGCAAGCUGCAUUCAGCAGAAUCUUUACAUGCUGAGGCAAGUCGUUCUCAUAAUACUGCAUUAAGAAAUUUGCAGGAUGUUGAGGCUCGUGAAGAUGAUCUUAGGAGGCGUCUCAUGUCCUUUCAGUCCGAAUGCGAUGCUAAAGAAAAGGAACUCAGCCUUCAAAGGCAGUCUUUAUAUGAUAGCCAGAGAAUUUUGAAUCAGGAGCAGGAGAAGUUAUUGGAGGGACAAGCUUUAUUGAAUCAGAGAGAGGAUUACAUCUAUAGAAGAUCAAAGGAGUUGAGUCGCUUUGAGAAAGAACUGAAUGAAACAAAAGGAAAAUAUGAAGAAGAUUGUCGAACUCUUAAAGAGAAAAAUUUCAAUUUAGAUCUUGAUAUGGCUGCUCUUGCUACUAGAGAGGAGGCUGUCAUUGAAAGAGAAUCUCAGCUUGACAGAAGAGAACGGGAAUUACUUGUUUUACAAGAAAAAAUUUCAGGCAAAGAAUAUAAUGAGAUCCAAAGACUUGCUGCUGAACAUGAAGAUACUUUGCAAAGGAAAAAACGUGAAUUUGAAGCUGAACUAGAGGAGAAGCGUAAACUGUUUGAAGAUGAAAUGGGGGUGAGAAGUACAGCUUAUGAGGAGAGGAUGUCUGAGCUUAUCAAGAGAGAAAACCUCAUUAAAGAAAAGGAGGACAGUAUUGAGGCCCAACUAAAGGCAUUCUCCAAGAAUCAGGAAGAUUUAGCAAACAGGCUGAAAUUAUUAGAGGAGGAAGAGCAAAAUCUACAUGCCAUGGAAAAAGCAGCAGAAAUGGGAAUGUUGAACCUGCAGAAGGAAAGAGAAGAAAUUAAGAAAAUGGAAGUAGAUCUUGAGAAAAUUAAGGGUUCUCUUGAGGAGCAGAAGGAUCAAAUUUUACGUGAACAGGAGAAACUGGAGCUAAGUAUUCAUGAGAGAAAUGAAUUGCUUGUCCUGGAAACCAAACUCAAGGAGGAGAUUGAUAGCUUUAGAUCUAAAAAGAUGGAACUUGAUGUUGAAGCGGAUAAACUGAAAGCAGAAAAGGAGAAAUUUGAAAUCGAGUGGGAGAUGAUUGAUGAGAAAAGAGAGGAACUACGGAAAGAAACUGAGCGUGUUGCUGAAGAGAGUAAAGGAAUAUGUGUUUAUCUUAAAAAUGAGCAUGAUAGCAUAAAAUUGGAGAAAGACAAUUUACGCAAUCAGUUUAAGAUGGAGGCAGAGUCUUUGUCUCGUGAACGAGAGGAGUUCAUGAGUAGGAUGGAGCGCGAGCAUUCUGAUUGGGUCAUCAAGAUUCAGCGAGAAAGAGAAGAUUUUGUGAAAGACAUAAAUAUCCAAAGGAAGGAGCUAGAAAACUGUAUUGAGAAGAGGAGAGAGGAAGUGGAAACUUAUUUAAGAGAAAAAGAAGAAGCCUUUGAACAAGAAAGGUCCAAGGAACUCCAGCAUAUAAGUUCUCAGAAAGAAAUGAUUGCUAAGCGGUUACAACAUGUUGCAUCUGAAUUGAAGAGACUUGAUAAUGAGAGAAUGGAGAUUGCUCUGGAUCGUGAGCAAAGGGAGAGAGAGUGGUCUGACAUAAAGACUUCAGUUGAAGUGCUUAACAUCCAACGGGAGAAGCUACAGAAGCAAAGGGAGUUAUUGCAUGUUGAUCGUGAAGAGAUUUAUCAAAAGAUUCAACAUCUUAAUAAAUUGGAGCAUUUGGAUAUUGAGUCCGAAAACAGGGCUCUGUUCGAUCUCCAUUCUCAGCAACAGCAUUUGAGCAAAUCAAGGUUCCCGAUUAAAAGAUGUACAAGUACCAGUGCAGGUGAUCUGAGUAUUGACAUGGAACAAGAACAGAAGUUUUCUGCACAUGGUGGUUCUGGAUCAAAGUUGCUUCCAGACAAAUCCUCUGAUGAGUCUUCGCCUCGUUUAUUGGCUACCAUGUCAAUGGUAAAGAAAUAUGCAAGGGCAAUCUUUGGACGUUCUCCUGAGAAAUUAGUGGGUGCUAAUUCUGAAAGAAAUGUGAAAGGCAGAGCAUCAACCAAGUCAGGUGGAGGAUCAGCUGGAAAAGAAAAUGGAUCAAAUUUAUUCAAGAAGUUAUCAUUGGAGAGAAAUGUUGAAAUUAUACCAGAAAUAGAGCAUAAGAGUGGUGCAGAUAAGGUGAUCACCCAAUUAAAGGAGGAUGGUGCUAAUGGUAUGAGCGAAGAAAAUCCAAGCACCGUUGUAAAUGGUCAACAAAAGCUGCGUAACAGAAAGAAGAGGCACAACGACUCAUUGUCCACUGAUCAUCUUGAAGCCGACCUUAAUCAGAAGCAACAAAAGAAGGCUAAACAGAGUGGAAACGACAUGCUGGAGGAAAACUCUUCAGUCCGCAUUCUUAACAAUGGAAAUUCACGGAUUUCGGAGAAUCCUUCACCUAGCAGUAAUCUUACACCUCCUUGCCAUGGAUAUCAGAAUGCUGCCCAAGAACAAGAAAAUGGGAGUGCUUUCUUGGAAGGUGGACAACCAGCAAAUGAGAUUGCUUCGCUCAAGGAAGGAGACGGAGGUAAUCAUGUCACCAGUGAAGAAGUUGACUCAGAUGACAACAGUGGUGAUGAAGUAGAGGAAGCGAAGUCUUCUAGACUACAUAAGAUCUGGUUUUUCCUCACUACGUGACUUGCUCAAAGAGCACUUGUAUACUAUAUCCUAUUAUUAUUACUCUGACAUGUAUAAUUGAAGAAUGUGCAGGCAGGAUGAUUUCACGGUGGUUUUAUUUCCCCGCUCUUUAUCUGUUUCUUUCUUUUGGUGUAAUUUUCUUUAUCGAAUGCUCAAAUUUUGUAAAUUCGUUUUUAGUGUGCAGAAUUUGGUAAGCUCUUGUCUUCUUCCAGAACUCUUGUAACAGUUAUUGCCUAAUGUUGGGUCGUUUUACAUCAACAAGCUUUUGUUUGCGAGUUUUAACUUCUCGUCUGAUGAUUGUGUUGGCUUUGAUAAGGUUUGUAUUAAUGGCAAGUCAAACUGGACGAGUUUAUUCAA